UUGGGUUGGAAUAGGAGGACUAUGGCAAGGCGAACCACAGAGAAACGUACCGCCACGAAGAAGACGAGGGCAGCGAGCACGUCGCGGAAGGCCGGGGAUGCUGCGGCGUCUGGAUCGGGCGUGGUGAAGAAGGUUAAGCGAGCGGCGGCCAAAAAGGCAGGAGCGUCCUCUCAACCACAGGGUCUGCCUCCUCGCCCUCCCGCGCGCGGCGCUACUCGCGGCUCUGUGCGGUCCGCGGGCGCCACGCGGUCCGCGCUCGGAGAUAAGCCCCCCGGUGAUGCAGGGGAUGGUAGGAGGACUUCGCCGAGGAAGGGCAAAGAUGCUGCAGGCGGGGACAAGGAGAGCGUCGCUGCAGCGGUGCUUUUGGGUCUUCAUGCGCCGGGCGUCGAGGAAGGCCCCUUCGUGCAAGACCAUGAUGCAGGGCUCUCCGGCGACAAGGGAUCCCUCCCUGCUUCACCGGCAGCAUCAGGUCGGGUGUUGCGUGGGUCAUCGCUGCCGCAGGGUGGAUAUCGUGCGCUAAAUGGUAGCCCUGCUCGGGGCGACUCGGGGGUUGCCACGAAGAAGAGAAACGGCUCUUCCUCCACUACCACAGCAGCAGCAGAAGCAGCAGCAGCAGCAGCAGCAGCAGCAGCAGCAGCAGCCGGCACUAUGGUCGCGCAUGGGGGGACCGCCCGUCCGUUAGUCAAGCAGAGAAUCGCCACACUCCAAGAUGUCCUAGACGAGCCGGAUGGAGGUUCCUCCGCGGCACCCUUGCGUGCGGAGGUUGGGGACUUUGCGGAUGCAUCGCUCCAGGGUAGGAGCGGCAAGGGCAAGCGACCCGCACGCGCCCCGCGCAUGGAGGACGAGACAGCCGGCCAAGACGAGGAGGAGGAAGAAGACGAGGAGGAAGAUGAGGAAGACGAUGACGCGGGUGGCCGUGAAGUGGGAGACUCUGAAGAGGAAGAGGGUGGAGUCCAGCAGAACAAGGGGAAGGAGUUCAGUUGCGGCAAGGGCUACCAAUACGAACAGUGGUACUCUCGGGUCGCGCAAUACGUCAAGAUCGAGCUGGCCAAGAACAAGGCUUACAUGCAGACCCACGGAUCUCUGCUGGAGGAACGCUUCGGGAGGGCGGAAAUGAAACACCUCAGGGACUGGUUCGUCGCGCAGAAGGGGAAUUACAUCACAGCCAUGAAGAAGCAAGGUACGGGCUCGGAAGGAGGCAGGAUUCAGAGGUCUCCCAACAAAUUCCAGCAGCUGAGGUCCCACAUCUUCUCCGGCAACGCUGCUGCAAACAAGCGGAAGUUUAUGCGGGAGGUUGUCAAUGUUGAGAACGGGAAGCGCCCUAAGGUCGCGCCUGCACGUGCCAGUGGUGCGGCUGGUGCCUCGGGUGGUGGCGCCAGUAGUGGUCAGGGUGGGGGAAAGGGGAAGGGGAAACAGCGCAAGAUGGCUAGACUUAACGGCGGAGGUGGCGGCACGAGCGGGGAAUCCCAAGCACCCGGUGGCGACGACUCGGCGGGGGAAGGUAGCGGCGGAAAAAAAAAGAAAAGUCGUCGGAAGGCAGCGCCGGUGGCGGUGGAGGAGGAUGACCAGGAGGAUCCCCCGAUGGACGUAGGCGGAGAUGACUGGGCCCCCUCGGAAUCGGAGGACGAAGAGGAACUGCGCAGCCGAGGGGGGGUUUGUGGAGAGGGUGGUAUGUCUGACCGCGACUUGCAAGACGUGGCUGACGACAGCUCACCAGACGUGGUGGAAGUAAAGCGCAACGGUCGCCGCAGGAAAUCUGAUAAGUUCGAUCCGAAAAGUUUCCAGCUCGAGGCAAGGAAGGAGAGAGACGCACGUCACAAGGCGUUCACGGCCACCAUGCUACAAGGCGUAGGAAUGAUCCUCGGCGGGCGCGGGCAGAAGGACGGGUCAGGCCCCGCCGAUAGUGCCGGUGGUACGUCUGGCGUGGAUCGGGGGAAGAUGGAGGCGGCGGAGAAAUCAGUUUCCCUUCUCAGAAGCAGUUGGAUGGACUCGAUUUUGGCCGCGGAUAAAGGGUACGGCAGUCAGACCGAAGUAAAAGAGAAGUACGAGCUAUACCAAGCAGCCGUUGCCCGGCAGCAGGCCUUGAUCUCCGCAGUCGACGACGGGUGAUGUUUGCCUGUCUUUGGCGUAGGUCUGACUUUUGUCGUGCUGCGUUCGCGUGCCAGGAAGCGUGGGUUGGUGGAUGUAUUCCUUGUGGAGAGCAAGGUUAGGGGAUGGUGCCUGAUUGUUUGUGGGCCUUAAUCAGUGGGGAAAGGCGUAGUGGUUGGAAAAGCGAUCGGAAUGCUGUUGCGUUUUCUUGUAGACAUUGGCGCCGAUUGUAGGCGUAAAGGGUUAGGGUUCUUACCGGGCAUAGGGAAGGGGCGGGGAGUCAACGGACGAACAAGUUAGGAGGGUGUUACGGUGUUUGCCAUUGCCACAGGGGCUGGGAGUAUGAUGUUUGGCGGGGGUGCGGGCUGGUGUCGGUGUGUCCGUGAGAGCGUUGGCGGUAUCGGUUGCUUACGUUGAGGGGAGGGUGGGCAUGGUACUUUACGUCGUAGGUCCGAGAUUGUUUUAUGCCGGCAUUUAUUGUUUCUAGUCUUUUUUUUUUCGGUAGACUAUAAGUGAGUUUGUGCCGGAGGACAUGUAAUACCUUCGGUACGCUGGGGGGUCGGAGGAGCAGGGGGGUGCAUAGGUUUAAGCGCAGGCCUGCGGGUUAGUCAAUAUACUUCACCAUUUUUCUUGUUCGGAUGCAUGCACUGCUUUUUUUUUCUCCUCCUUUUUCCUUUUACCAAUUUCUUUUCCGUUUCUUAUUCUUUCCACGAUAUAGGGCUACCUCGCAUGGCAUGUAGAGGCGAGCGGAGUGGCCUCGACUGUCUGCCGUUGACGUUCAUUGUCUUGCGGACGGGUCCUAUUUCUUUGGUAACCUUGUUUGGGAAUUUACUGCUGUUUCGAUAUUUUGGUCCGAGUUGUUCAAAUACUCUACGGAUUUGCAUGCCCGUGGACAGUGUCUUCGCUUGUCGUUGCUUCCUAUCUCUCGAAUGGUCUGGGUGCGUUAUGUUAGAUAGAUACAACCCGGAGCUGGAAAAAGUAGCGGGUAAAGUCUUCCUUCCAUAUAUGUAUUUUUUAGUUGUUAUUCCUCUUGGUCGGUUGCUUGUCUGGUGCUUCCCUUUUGUCAUGUGCCACUCACUAGGAAUGGUAACCGAGGACUGUGUUUUCGGAGAGUGAUUCACCUGUGACCAUGUGCGGCGCUGGCGUACUUGUAGGAUGUUUGGUUCGUGGAUCAUUAUUUGCGACGGCUACAAGUUGCAAUGUGAACAUGACAGGGCGUUUUAUUUCUUUAGGUGCGGACUGCGAUACGCACCCACGCUCUAGGGCUCGGGCUUCGAAGUUUUGGUUUGCGUCCAGGAACACGAGACAUCCUGUGCAGCUAAGUCCGUUGGCUUCGACUCUACGUUGCGGUUCUUAUAAAAUAUGUUGUUAUUUUUCCUCGACGUUCACCGUAUCAUGACACUUGUUACUGUGCGGCGGGGUGCCCCUCCUACAACAUGAUAGAUACGCACGUUCUCCCGUUGUGUCGACACACCUUUAGUAGGCUGGUGCUGCAGGGCUUGUGGGGUGCAAAACGUCUGGACCUAAGCGCACCGUAUGCAUCGAAUAAUUGACGCCCACUCGGCCACUG